AUUUUACGUUUUCGUUUCAUUUCGAGCUCGACAAUAUUGAAAGUGUGCGUCGUAGUCGCAGUCACCGUCACCAUUAAUACCGUUAGAAUAUCUAGACACAAACUAAACUAUUACAAGUGGCAGCGUUGUCAUUUACUAGUCGCAGUUCGCGGCGUGUGGUCGUCCUCGCGGAUUUUCUAACGGCAAUUUACUCUUAACAAAAGUGACAAAAAUUUUACAACACGGCGGCAAAUCUCCUUUGCGUAAUGGAAAUCAAAGUACAUAAAAAUAAAAUUAAAUGUCAUAAAUAAAAAACCAAAUAUACAUUAAAGUCGCUUAUAUGCAUCUUCAUGUGUCCCAUGUGACAUGCGGCGGAUGAUAUCGAAUUUUCCAAGCGUGACACAUAUUAAACAUUAAAAAACCUUAAAGCAGCCCAAAACAGAAAAAAUACCUGUGAACCAUUGUUGUCGCCUGCUUUCCCCAUCCGCCCCUCAUCAACAAGUUUUCAUCGCAAUUGUGGAGAUAUAAUGGUAUUCCUUUUGUUCCGAUCUUUUAAUAUAAGGUGAAAAUCAUUGCAAUACACAGCAAUGUUACACAAUAUACCCAUUUAAUCGAAGCUAAGAACUUCAUACGAUAGAUAAAUCCAAAUCAUUGGCAACAUGUAUGGGCUGCUGUUGGAGAAUCUAUCGGAGUAUAUCAAGUCCGUCUACGGCGAGGAGAAAUGGGAGGAUAUCAGACGUCAGGCGGGCAUCGAUGCGCCAUCAUUUAGUGUGCAUCAGGUGUAUCCCGAGAAUCUGCUGCAAAAGCUGGCCAAGAAGUCUCAAACGGUGCUGGGCGUCUCGGAACGUGAGUUUAUGGAUCGCUUGGGGGUCUACUUUGUUGGCUUUGUGGGUCAGUAUGGCUACGAUCGCGUCCUCUCUGUACUGGGUCGGCAUAUGCGUGAUUUUCUGAACGGUCUGGAUAAUCUGCAUGAGUAUCUGAAGUUCUCAUAUCCCCGUAUGCGUGCCCCCAGUUUCAUUUGUGAGAACGAGACGAAGCAGGGCCUGACGCUGCACUAUCGGUCCAAGAGGCGUGGCUUUGUGUACUACACAAUGGGACAGAUACGUGAGGUGGCACGCUACUUCUAUCACAAGGAGAUGCACAUUGAGCUGGUACGCGAGGAGAUUCUAUUCGAUACUGUGCACGUGACCUUUCAGCUGACAUUCGAUAACCGUGCCUUCACCCUCGCCUCGCUGGCCAUGACACGUGAGGAGAAACAUUUGCCCAUCAGUGCGCACGUCCUAUUCGAAAUAUUCCCAUUUUGCAUAGUGUUUGGUGCUGAUAUGGUGGUGCGGAGCAUUGGCAACUCUUUGAUGGUCAUAUUGCCGGAGCUAUUAGGCAAGAGGAUAACAGCCUGGUUUGAUUUGGUGCGCCCGCUAAUUGCAUUCAAGUUUCAAACUAUACUUAAUCGUACCAACAACAUAUUCGAGCUGGUCACCGUCGAUCCGGUAACAGAGCGUAUUGAUGCACAAAAUGAGGACUUGCUGCUGCACGACGAUGGCAGCGAACCGGAGAAGUCCCUCAGGUUGAAAGGUCAAAUGGUAUACAUGGAAAACUGGCGCAUGAUCAUGUUCCUGGGCACUCCAGUUAUGCCCGAUUUGACGUCACUGAUCACAACUGGUCUCUACAUCAACGAUCUGUCCAUGCACGAUUUUAGCAGAGAUCUCAUGCUGGCGGGCACACAACAAUCCGUGGAGCUGAAACUUGCGCUGGAUCAGGAGCAACAAAAAUCAAAGAAACUCGAGGAGUCUAUGCGUAAGCUAGACGAGGAAAUGAGACGCACUGAUGAGCUCCUGUAUCAGAUGAUACCCAAGCAGGUUGCGGACCGUUUGAGACGCGGAGAAAAUCCAAUAGACACCUGUGAGAUGUUCGACAGUGUCUCAAUUUUAUUUUCGGACAUUGUCACGUUUACUGAGAUUUGUAGUAGAAUUACCCCAAUGGAGGUGGUAUCCAUGCUGAAUGCAAUGUACUCCAUAUUUGAUACACUCACCGAGCGAAAUUCCGUCUAUAAAGUGGAAACAAUUGGCGAUGCCUACAUGGUGGUGGCUGGCGCACCCGACAAGGAUGCGAAUCAUGCCGAGAGAGUCUGUGAUAUGGCGCUGGAUAUGAUUGAUGCCAUAACCGAUUUAAAAGAUCCCUCCACGGGACAACAUUUGCGAAUGCGUGUCGGCGUUCAUUCGGGCGCGGUUGUUGCUGGCAUUGUGGGUCUGAAGAUGCCGCGUUAUUGCCUGUUUGGCGAUAGCGUAAAUACCGCCUCCAGAAUGGAGUCCACUAGCAUUGCCAUGAAAGUGCACAUAUCUGAGUCGACUAAGGUGCUAAUUGGACCCAACUAUCGAAUAAUCGAGCGUGGCGAGAUCGACGUCAAGGGCAAAGGCACCAUGAAGACCUACUGGUUGGAGGAGCGUGAGAAUCGCUUGCCACUGCAGCUAACAGGCAGUCUGCAUCCUAUGUCCGCUGGACCGACGCUGACACCCAUGCCAAAGGCCACUUUACCAACGCCCAAGUCACAACCGCCCACAGCACCAUCAACAGCGGAGCAGCCAACGCCGCCGGCGGCCAUGUCGGGUGUGGUGCUUGGUGCCAGUGGUGCCCUGGUUGCGGCAACGACAUUGGCACAUCAUGCACCUGGAGCACUUGCUGUAACAACUGCAUCUGCCGCGUCAGCCAGCGAUGAGCGCAACAGUCGCAUCUAUUCGCCGGUUACCUUCAAGGAUGUGGCACGGCGGAGUAUCGCGAACUCGCCAGUGCGCAGCGGCGCUGGUGGUGGCCCAUAUUUAGAGCAAAAUAGACGACGAGAAUCGCGCUCCAAUUCCACUGGACACGUUUUUAUGCGCUCGCCCAGCGACAUCUUCGGUUCGCUCAUUCUGGACACUGAGGAGUUUUUGGAGGACUUGCAAAUCUCGCGCGGUUCGUUGGUGAACAGCAGCAGCGCCAACAAUAAUCGGGAAUCACCUUCCGAGUUUAGUCCAACCUUUCGCAUUGGCAGUGCUCCGCACAAGCCCCGUGUCAGUAAUCCUGACCAGUUUACGCCCGAGGAACUGGCCGCUAUGGAUCAGAUGACGCCACCAGCAACGGCACCGCCACGCGAGACAUCAACCUGCAGCAGCGCCAGCUUGAAAGCAUCCAUAUCGAAUGUCUCACUCGAUCGGGAUAAAUCCCUCAAGUCGAACACCACGCUGGAGGCCGUUAAUACACCACCCAAGCCACCAGUCGCCGCAAUCGCAACAACGUCCAAGGUGGCCAGUGCGACUCUAGCUGCUGUGCCGGCUCCUCGCGUCUGUCCCAUGAGCACAGCACCAGCCGUGGUGCAGGCGAACAGCAGCACUAGCCGACCCGGCACUAACGAUUCCAUGACAUCCGUUUCAUUGCAUUCACCUCCGCCGCAUCGAACAAGCUCGGCGCCUGCCAGACCCCAUUCCAUGUCAAAGGCGGCACGCAAGGCCUUUCUGGCCGCCAAGCAAACAAAGGCCAUGGAGAAGCUGGACAAGAUGAUAGAAGAAGCGCAUGACAUGGAAUCGCAAUCGGCAGUCAAGGCAGCUAAUAUGCGUCUGGCUGUAUUCGGAGAUGAUGGUGGUGGUGGCGGCGAUGAUCUGGCAGCAGGUGGUUGCCCGCUAUUUUUGCCACCACCAGCCCCACAGGCAGUCAGCCGUGCCAUGCCCAGCUCCAUAUCCGAUUCGAGCAUUUGUAAUCAUGGGCACAGUCAUGCGCCCAGCUGCCAUUAUGCUCUGCACGAUCCCAAGAUGAGCAAUAGCCAGAGUUUCCAGCAUACGCGCAGCUCCGGCCCUAUAACACAUCAAUGCUGCAGCGGCUUUGGACACGGCAAUGGACGACACUCGCAUCGCAUGCACUCGAACGCUUGCAGCAUACUGUAGAGAUCGCAAUAUGCACCCAAAACGGGCAUGAUUAAUUAAUUGAAUGCCUAACCAAGUCAUAUCGCCUAUAUCUCAAUAUUCCGCGCGCGCUUGUUAUUAGACUGUAGCUCAGCAAUUAUUAGAUCUUAAAUUGUAGUUAGUUGUUGAUCUGAUGUAUAUGUAGUAUGUGCAACUGUAUAGUUUUAGGUGUAUAGCUGUAGCUAGUUGAAAGGCUUUACCGUUGUUGGCAUUGUUAAUGCCAAUGUCUAUAAAAAUCA